AUGCAAUCCAAAUCAGUUACUGAAGAACAAGAGCCAUGCCUCCUUCCACCUAAGGGUCAAUGGCUGAGAAGGGUCAUCUCCGAUCUUCCGACGGACACAGAAAAGAUCAAGGAUCUGAACCGAACCAUGGAGACCCAUGAGGUUCAGAUGGCGGAGUGUGAGUGCUGUGGGAUGUCGGAAGAGUGCACUCCUACUUACAUUUGCCGGAUCAGAGGAUUCUUCUGUGGAAAGUGGAUCUGCGGGCUUUGCUCGGAGGCAGUGAAGGAGCAAAUGAGACGUAACCCGGGAUUAGCCAAGGAAGAAGCUUUGGAGUCUCACAUGGCUCUUUCCAAGAAUUUCAACAGGACCGUCAGGCUCAACCCUAAGCUCUCCUUAGCCGGUACGAUGAGGGAUAUCGCAAGGAAGAGCUCCCAACAAAGGAUCUCCAAGGGCCAUUGUGCAUCCAAUAUAUCUAGGAAUAUGAGCUGUGGGCCUAGAAUGAAUGCUAAGAUCAAACAGCCAUCAAUCCACUGA